AUGAAUUCAGAUUAUUCGUGGAAAGAAGCUGGUCAGAUCGACCCAUCCUUUGCUAGGACAGAAAAUGAUUAUGUUGUACCAGAAGUCAGUCUGGGACGCGCAGAAGAUGAGCGGACUCUCGGCUCAUCAUCGAUGAAAAGCACUGAUGGUCGUAUUUCUGCCACCUCGACGGGGUCAUUAUCUGCAAGUAUGUCAGGAAACUUGACAAGCAGUGGACUCACAGGAGGAAUUACGGGACCCAACAUGACAAGCGGCAACAUUCCCAAUAGCUUGACUGAGGAUAGUGGCCAAUCAAUGGAUACUGGAAAGGAGAAAGGCAUUUCAGGUCGAAGACAUGUUUCAACAACUAAGAGAGCAGCACAGAAUAGAAACGCACAGAAGGCAUUUCGUCAGAGGCGAGAAAAGUACGUGAAGGAGCUUGAAGCGACGGCUGCAGAGGUAGCCGAAUUGCAUAAGACAAUCGAAGAGUUGCGGCAGGAAAAUUUACAAUUGAGAGACUAUACGUUGGCAUUGCAGUCCAGGUUGAUUGAGUUGAGUCCCAAUGUAACGGUUGGCAACGUUGCACAUCCUCAAGCUACGGAAUUCAAUAAAUUAUGA